UGCGGUCGGGAGGCGGGGCUGGGCAGCUGCCGUUGCCGUCUGUCGCAGGAGGCAGCCGCGGGCUGGUGGUGGGUGUGUGAGGGGAGAGCGGGACGUGGAGCUGCUGUCAUGAGCUACUCAGGUUAUGGCAACUGGAACUCUGGGACAAACAGAGCAGAUGGGAUCAUGAGUGAGAAGGAAGUGGAGAGCCCUCUGCAGGGAGGUCCUGAGGAAGGGGCUAAACCCAAAGGGAACAUCACCCAGGAAGUCGGCUUAGAUAGUCCUGGCGGGUCGGAGUUGCUGGGGGGAAACGACAGAGAGCAGCAGCUACUGGGCAGAUCCCCCCUCUGGGGGAGAGGGCUCCAAUCCAAAGAGAAACGCUACAACUGCACUGACUGUAACAAGAGCUUCAGCCAGAGCUCCCACCUCAUCCGGCACCAGGGCACCCACACGGGCGAGCGCCCCUACAAGUGCUCUGACUGUGGGAAGAGUUUCACCCAGAACUCCAACCUUGCCCAGCACCAGCGGGUACACACAGGCGAGCGCCCCUACCAGUGCCUCGACUGCGACAAAAGCUUCACCCAGAGCUCCCACCUGACAGAGCACCAGCGCGUGCACCAGGGUGUCAAGCCCUACAAGUGCACCAACUGCAACAAGAGCUUUAGCCAGAGCUCCCACCUCCUGCGGCAUCAGGGCACCCACACGGGUGAGCGCCCCUACAAGUGCCCUGACUGCGGGAAGAGCUUCAGCCAAAACUCCAACCUGGUGCAGCACCAGCGCAUCCACACGGGUGAGCGUCCCUACAAGUGCGGAGAGUGUGGGAAGAGCUUCAGCUGGAGCUCCAACCUCAUUGAGCACCAGCGCGUGCACACGGGCGAGCGGCCAGACAAGUGCCUCGACUGUGGGAAGACCUUCACCCGCAGCUCUGCGCUCAUCCAACACCGACGCAUCCACAAGGGGCUGAGGCCCUACAAGUGCACGCAGUGUGGGAAGAGCUUCAACAAGAGCUCCCACCUCAUCCGGCACCAGGGCACCCAUGCCGCUGGAGAGCUGCCCUGCACAUGCACCAGUUGUGGGAAGAGCUUUACCCGGAGCAUCCAGCAGAGGCCACGGCCACACCACUGUGCUGAGUGUGAGACACGCUUCUCUCGCAUUGCUGGCAGCCAGCUACGAGCUGAUGUGGCAGUGAAGCCCUACAAGUGCGGGGAGUGUGGUAGGAGCUUCGGGCGUAGCUCGUACCUGGUGCAGCACCAGCGCAUCCACACGGGCGACAGACCCUACAAGUGUGGGGACUGCGGGAAGGGCUUUGGGGUCAGUGCCCACCUCACCCGGCACCAGCUCAGCCAUGCAGGUGACCGGCCGUACCGAUGUCCCCAAUGUGGAAAGACCUUUGGGGAGAGCACAAAGCUGCUGAGCCAUGCAGGUGAGCGUCCCUACCAAUGCCCUGACUGCGAGAAAAGCUUCUGCAAAAGUUCCCACCUGGUCAGCCACCAGCGUACCCACACUGGAGAGCGGCCCUACCGCUGCACCAUCUGUGGCAAGAGCUUCUGCCAGAGCUCCCACCUCAUCCGGCACCAGGGCACUCACACGGGGGAGCGCCCCUACAAGUGCUCCAACUGCGAGAAAAGCUUCACCCAGAGCUCCAACCUUGCCCAACACCAGCGCAUCCACACAGGGGAGCGCCCCUACCAGUGCACUGAUUGCGGGAAGAGCUUCAGUUGGAGCUCCAACCUCAUAGAGCACCAGAGAACCCACCUAGCACAGAAACCCUGAACAUGGGGCGGGCCAACGUGUCUGUUUGCUGAGCAAGCUCCCAACGCUGCAGUAAACAGCAUGGGGCCAGCAGGACACUUAAUGGGAGAAAUUACCAAGUGUACAAUGCCAAAGACUAGAAACCCUCCUUCCCACUGCCAGAGGCGGCUGCCCGUCCCAGCCUCGCCUGUUGCAAGAUCCGGGAGAUGAUGCCACUUGCCACAGGAGCUAAGGAACCUGUAAUAAGGCAAGUCUAAAGGGGUCUAACAUAUGCAUUCUUUCAACCUCAUAUGGACAGGCUGUCUGCAUAGACUGGCAGACAGAAUGCAGGCCAUUUCAGUCCCAUGGGCAGCUCCCUAGCAUUUGUUCCUUUUUGUCUAUUCUGGCCAGACUCCGUCCCAGGAUUUUAAUUCCUGUUGGGUACCUAGAUUCUAUUCCCAUUUUUUAAAAUUUGCUUUUAAUACUGUAUUUCCUGUUGUAUUGCAGUCUCUCUCCAUAUGAAAUAAAACCUGCUCCAGCAUACCCAUUUUC